AUGGACGCCAUGUUCACAUUCAGUGAAGAAGAAUUGAAUGCUAUUGCUGUUCAUUCACAUGACGAUUCAUCGAAUAGUAGUCCGUCAACAUCAACAAUGUUGACACCAACAGCAAUUGAAAAUGUAGGACGAACACAAAUAAAACGGCCAACAUCAUUAAAUGUAUCAAAAACAGCAGACCUUGUUUUACGUGAUUCAACAAAUGCCGGAUGUAAAUCGGAAGGUUCGCCAAUAAAUAGCGUGCAAAAAAGACAACACAAAAAGAAAAAACGUCGAACAGCUAAUUCAUAUUCAGAUAUAUCAUUCAAUGAUAAAUAUAAAUUAACUGAAGAAUUACUUGGAACCGGUGCACACGGAGUUGUCAAAACGUGUCGCGAUCGAGUAACAAAACAAGAAUAUGCCGUUAAGAUAAUUAGUAAAGCUCGUCAUCCAAAUCGAACACGUGUAUUUAAAGAAAUUGAUAUCUAUUACCAUUGUCGUGGUUGGCCAUUACUCAAUCAUAUAAUGAAACGUGGUCGGUUGACUGAACGUGAAGCUAGUUUAAUCGUACGAGAUAUUGCUAAUGGUCUUAAUUUUCUUCAUUCAAAGGGCAUGUCUCAUAGAGAUUUGAAACCGGAAAAUAUCUUAGUCGAACGUGCCGAUAGUUUAAUACCAAUAAAAUUAUGUGAUUUUGAUUUGGGCUCAGCUAUUCGCCUUAAUAGUAAUAAAACAACCCCAAUAACAACACCGGAAUUAUCAACACCAGUUGGUUCUGUUGAAUUUAUGGCACCUGAAGUUGUUGAUGCAUGGAGAAGUCUUGAAGGUUCAUUACAAAUGUAUGAUAAACGUUGUGAUUUGUGGUCACUUGGUGUUAUUAUUUAUAUAAUGUUAUCUGGUUAUCCACCAUUUUAUGGUACAUGUGGACAUACAUGCGGUUGGACAAAAGGUGAAGAAUGUGAACAAUGUCAAAGUCUAUUAUUUGAACGUAUUCAAGAUGGAGAAUUUGAUUUUCCUGAUAAAGAUUGGCAAUAUAUAUCUGAUGGUGCAAAAGAUUUAAUCAAACAUUUAUUAGUUCGUGAUGCUUCUUUACGUUUAACGGCUGCUGAAGUUCUUGAACAUUGUUGGGUUAAAAAUAGUCAUGAAUUAAAUGAACGACCUUUAAAUACACCAGAACUUUUACAACGUCAUGAUAGUAUUCGUCGUUUAGAAUCUUUUACAAAAGAUGUAUUAAGUAUAACAAAAAUGAUUGAUGAACGUGAACGUAUGGUGUUUCAUCGAUCUCGUAGUAUUGAUAGUAUACAUGAUAGAAGUCGACGAACAUCAUAUGAUCCUCAUCCUCAUCUUCAUUAUCAAAAUAAUAAUAAAAGACAAAAAAAACAAAAAAAUAACAAUCAAUCAAAUAAUGAUCAUGAUGAUAAUCAAAAUUUUGACAGUUUACGACGAAGAUUAUCAAGUGCUACGAUGACGUCGGGUGAUGAAGAUGAUUAUUUAGCCUGUAGUUUUAAAACAGUUAUACAUUGUCCUACAAAAUCAUCAGCAGUAGUCAAGCAACAACAACCAAUACUACCACCACCACCCCCACAUUUUUAUUUGGCUUCAAAUGACAAUCCAUCUCAAACAAGCACACCAUCGGAAAUAUUAGCACUUACACCAUCACCAUUAAUUCCAGUUUCACCAGUCCCGCUACCUGUUCUUGUGCUUCCAUCACCACCUGUUAAUUUACCAAUACAUCAUCGAGCUCAUACCGAAACUGAUCUUCAUUUUUACAAUCAACAACCUUAUAUUUAUCCUGUUCGUUUGUAUCCAUCUCCCGGAUUUAUUUAUCCAAGUCAAAGUACUCCACCUGCAAAUUUUGUCUAUGGUCCACCAUUACCUCCAUUUGUCAUGCAUCCAAUCCCUGCUCACCAACAAGUUCGAAGUUCAUCAGCUGAUUGUCGUCGUACGGCAAACAAUGGUAAUGAACAUCGUGUUAUACAUCCUGAACGAGUUUGGUAG